GUAAAGUGGGCUUAGAAUUUUAUGAUUGGACUUGAGUUGCUUUUCCAAACGGACCGAGGUCUUCUUUCUAAGGCGAGCCCAAGUUCAAGUUCAGCAGAAGCCCAAUUCUCUGUUUAGUUAACUACGUACCGGCUCCCUCCGCUAUUCUCGUCGGAGAAUCGACCGGAAGCGAAAGGCAAUGGGCAGCGUAGAGCAACACUUCCCAGUUCCUCACAGAAGUUUCUCAGUCGAAAUUAAGUCAAGUUCUCUUGCUUGGGAUACCGGCCUCGUCGGGUAAUUCCCUUGUAUGGAAGCUCACGCUACGCUAAUUUUCUGGUUGUUUCAUGUUCAGCUUAUGGCAUGUGGUUUAUGCAAUCUGAAUUCAUUUCCGGAUACAAUGACCAUAUUCUUGUAAUUGCAACUCAAAUAGGAACCAUGGGGACAAUGCUACAAGCCAGGAAGGAAGAGGGAAUGACAAGUGAGCCAACUUUCCACGUAUCGGUGAUAUUUGGGAAGCGAGAUGAGCCUAUGCUAACAGCAUGUGCUCGGCAACUGAUUGAACACAUGAGUAGUUCCGGGUCAGCUAGGCCAUUGGUUCUCUCUCUGGGUCUUAAAGAUCACUCAAUGGAGACACUGAAAGGAGUUGUAUCUUCUGUACUGGAAAAUCGAAUUUGGUAACAGGUGGAGCGAUCAACGUAUAUGUCACUGUUCCAAACUUGCAGCAUUUGGUUAGACUGAGCCACUGCCUUUUUCUUGGAGAUCCUGCACUGCGAUUGUUUCUUCAAGGAUUGGGACACUUGAAUGUUUUGAUGAUGUAAUGGUUGAAGUUGUAUGUAUCAUCGUCGUUUUGAACAUCCAGUUGAAGCAUUUUUCAAUAUUAUUCCAGAAAGAGAUGGGAAAUUGAUACAAUGAGGAUGAUCUUGGCUGGAAGACCGCUUCUCUUGCAUUUGCAAGCAAGCUGCAGCAUACGGGGCAGAGGUCAUAGUGCUGAAUACACUGUUAAGAGACAUUCCUUUGCAGGAGUGCAGUUGACUCCAAAGCGUGGGAUGUUCAGAACUCACAAUUGGGGUCAUUGUUCGGUGAGGGCAUCUCAUGAAUAUCGAGUUUGAUAUGAGGCUAUUCUGGAAUCGAGUCACAUGACUCGCAUCCAACAACAUUGGCCGUAUCAUCAUACAUGCUUAGUUGAACCAUGCACGUCUCAACAUGACCAAAUGAGCUCGAUGAUAUUCGUUGUUUUUAUCUCACCAAACAAUUUUUAUCAGAAUUGAAACUGGUUAUAUUAUUUCAUGAUCUACCACCUAAUAAGGUGC